AUGGAUCUGUUGACUUGUGGGACAGUGGGAGGGAUCACACAAACGCCAGACCACUACUACGGUACUACCAGAGUGUCCCGCAGCCCGAUGCCGAUCACGUCCCGCCGUGGAGGCGUGGGGCCGGAUCUUCCCAGUCCAUACCACAUCCCAGACCAGCAGCCAUCUAUUUGCUGCACCCCCACAUCGAAUGACCCCCUCCAAGACAGAGAUUCACCUCACCUCCCCCGCUUGAUCGCUAUCUCAAACGACCAAGCCUACCCCGGACAUCUCCUCGAUCCAACUCGCGAUAUCAGCCAGGAAAACAUCGAGGGCGAUUUUCAACCGCCGCGUCACAAGACAAUCCAUGCACAUCAAGUCAAAUACGUACUACCCCUAGAUUUGUAUCCACCUUGCAAAUCAUCACACGGCAGGACAGCCAAGCCACCCCCGAAGAUCAUAGUUCCCGCAUCGCAUUUUUCCAGACUAAGCUGCAUGGACCCCACGAACGAAGCCAGCCUGGCCCUCGCCCAAACGCCAGUCCUCAUUGGAAAGCUGUGGACUGUCGUGACGGGUUUCCAGUCUAGUCGGCCACUAUUAAUAUCCCGAUGGCGCGAUAUGCCCGAGGAGGAUGAGGCGCUGGAUUGUCUGUCCUCUGGGUUGCAAGGCAGCGAAUGA